AAUAUCCAGAAAUAUUAGAUAUUUUUUUUGGAGAGAAAAAAGAUGAGGAAAAAGAGGGAAAAAAGAGGGUAAAACAAGGGUUUAAGGGCGGGAAAAAGACAAGAAUAGAUGGGGGACGCUUUGAAUCAAUGGAAAUAUCCUUAAAUACACUUAAAGCGAUCAAAUAUAAAGGUUUCAGGAUUCCUACGCCAAUACAGAGGAAAACAAUGCCAUUAUUGCUAGAUCGCAUGGACGUGGUCGCAAUGGCAAGGACUGGAUCCGGUAAAACGGCAGCUUUUGUGAUCCCAAUGAUUGAACGGCUGAAAACCCACCAUGCCAAGGUAGGAUCUAGGGCACUGAUACUCUGCCCGAACAGGGAGCUUGCGAUUCAGACGAUUAAGGUUGUUAAAGAGCUAAAAAGAGGGACAAAUUUAAGAUCAGUGCUUUUGGUGGGGGGAGAAAGCCUUGAAGAGCAAUUUGAAAUGAUGGAAAUGAAUCCAGACAUAAUUGUAGCAACACCAGGACGAUUUUUGCAUUUAAAAGUAGAAAUGGAUCUUGAUCUUAAAACAAUUGAAUAUGUAGUAUUUGAUGAGGCAGAUAGACUGUUUGAGAUGGGAUUUUCAGAGCAAUUGUCAGAAAUUCUUCGUUAUCUUCCAACAUCAAGACAAACAUCACUCUUUUCAGCUACACUUCCAAGAUCUUUAGUGGAUUUUGCAAAGGCCGGCCUUCAAAACCCGAUUCUAGUUCGUCUUGAUACUGAAUUAGUAGUUUCUGAGGAUUUACAGUCGGCCUUUUUCUCAAUAAAGCCAUCUGAAAAAGAAGCAGCCUUGCUUUAUCUUCUUCAUGAUAUUAUUAAGGUCCCUAAAACCAUUGAAGAAGCAGGAGAUGGUAAUUUAGGAAAAAAUGACAAAAAUAAUACAUAUAAACAUAAUCAAAAUGCAAUAUCCCCUUAUUCAACUAUUAUUUUUACAUGUACAAGGCAUCAUGUUGAAUAUUUGGAGAAAUUACUUUCAUUAUAUGGUUAUUCAGUUUCUUAUAUAUAUGGAUCAUUGGAUCAGGUAGCUAGAAGAAACCAAAUAGCUUCUUUCAGGGCAGGAAAAACCACUCUUUUGGUGGUAACAGAUAUUGCUGCACGAGGUAUUGAUAUUCCUCUUUUAUCAAAUGUAAUCAAUUAUGAUUUUCCUUCUAAGCCUAAAAUAUAUGUCCAUAGAGUUGGAAGGACAGCAAGGGCAGGACAGAAGGGUUGGGCAUAUUCUCUUGUUAGGGCAGAAGAUGCAGCAUAUUUAAUUGAGCUACAAUUAUUUUUAGGGAGGAAAAUAGUAUCAUCUAACAGUCAGGACCCAGACUAUGUUCAGAACAUAGUUCUAGGAACAUUUCCAAGACAGAAUCUUGAAUAUUAUUGUGAAUGGAUUGCACAAUUGCUGAGAGAAAACAGUGAAUGUUAUUCUCUUAAAAAAGUAAUGCACAAGGGAGAGAUUCUAUAUUCAAAAACAGCAGGAUCAGCAAGUAUAGAAAGCAAUAGACGAGCUAAAGAACUUGUAAAGGGCGUAGAAUGGUCUAUUAUUAACCCAUUGUUAGUUGAUAGUAAUUGUGAAAAAAAUACAGAGAAAGAGGCUCUAAUGGCUAAAAUUUCAAGCUAUUCUCCUCAUGGAACAAUAUUUGAAGGCUCUAGAAGCUUUAAAAGUGGAAUUGCACUCAAGGAAAUAGAUAAACGAAUGAAAAAGAUUAGAACAUCUAGAGUUAAAGCUAAUAAAUCAGAUCCAAUUGAGCAGAUAUUUCAUGGAAAAAAGAGAUCUAAGACAAACAAUGAUACAAUUGCAAAUAUAAAUGAUUUUGGGGAAAAUAAUACAGAAAUUAGAUCUGGAAUUAUAGAUGAAAAUAGAGCUAAAAAUGAAGGAAAUAGCUAUAAGGACAAGGAGAAUUAUAUGGCAUAUUAUACACCUGCAUCAUCUACGAGAGAACAUGCUUAUGAUGUUAGCAAAUCAAAUUAUUCAUUUGAAAGAGCAACUAAAAAUGCAAUAUUUGAUCUUAUGGGUAAUGAUAAUGAUCUUACUGAUCAAACAGAAGCUCAUAGAAAUAAAAUUCAUUGGAGCUUUAAAAAAAAGAAGCUUGUUAGUAGAACAAAUGAUUAUAAUAAUUCCAAAGGAGGAUCAAAAAUAAUUAAAGAUGAAGGUGGUAUAAAAAUUCCAGCAACAUAUAAAACAGGAAGAUAUACAACAUGGAAGAACUCCAGGAAUAUUAUAAAGAAGAAAGUAGGUGAAAUAGAAAGUUGUGAGAAUCUUACAGCACCUAAAAGCUUAAAUACAAAUAUAAAUAAAGGAAAAUACAAACAUAAUAAGCUCCAAGCACCAAAACCUGCUGAUAAAUAUUGUGAUGAUUAUAAGAAAAGAAAAAAGCGUAUCCAGAAAGCUUUAGAAAAAGGAUAUGGUGAUAAUAAAAGGGUAAAAAGUGAAUUGAGGAAUAUAAUGGAGAUCAGAAAAAUUAGACGCCUCAAAGAAAAAAGAAGACAGAAGAAUGCACGACCAUCCAAAAAGAAACAUUAA